CGCGCGGGGCCAUGGCCACCUACAGCGUCGCCAACGAGCGGCUGCGGGUGCUGGAGGAGCUGGAGCGCGAGAUCGGCGCCUCGCUGCAGAGCGCGGGGAACGUGAUCCUGGAGCUGUCGAAGGAGAAGCCGAAUGAGCGGCUGCUGGAGCGCCAGGCCGCCCAGUUCACCGCCUCGGUGCAGAAGGUGGAGUCGGAGCUGUCAGGCCAGAUCCGGUACCUCACCCAGGUGGCCACGGGGCAGCCCCACGAGGGCUCCAGCUACUCGGCCCGUAAGGGCUGUCAGAUGGCGCUGAACCGCGUCGACUACGCCCGCGUCAAGCUGGGAGAGCUGGCCCGCACCUGUGAGCACACGCUGGAGCAAUAGGGGGCGCCCGCCGGGCGGCCGGACACGGAGCCCACGCGGGAACACGCCAAGGACACACCAAGAACACAGGACCCGCCGGCUGGCCGCUCGCUCGCUCUGCGCGUCAGGUGGGACAGGCUCUGCUGGGGGAGCGUGGCGCCAUUUGCCACAGACGUGACCCACAGGACACAUGACAACACAGGACACACAGGAUCUCAGGCCUGGCGUGGCGUGGCAUGGGAUCGACACGGCGACUGGGGCCACGCUCCAACAUAUGGACUGGUCCCCCCCCUCACUCCCUGGGCGUACCGGGAACAUGCGCUGACCCCACGCGGCUCUUGGCUCGGGGGGGCCCACCGGCGAUGGGGGGGGGCGCUGUUUUUUUCUACUGCCUGUGUUAAAUAAAAGGGGGAAAAAAACCCAAAUUGC